CGUCUGCCUCUAUAAAUACGGGGCUUUGGCUUUCUUUUUUCUCCGUCAGCGUUCCUUUGCUUACAGAAGAAAAAGGGAAAAAUCGCCUAGUCUGAAAGAGAACUGCUAGAAUUUGCAUGCUUCAAUGGCUACCAAAGUCUAUAUUGUGUACUAUUCCAUGUAUGGACAUGUAGAGAAGCUGGCAGAAGAGAUCAAGAAGGGGGCGGCAUCUGUGGAAGGUGUGGAAGCCAAAUUAUGGCAGGUUCCUGAGACCCUGCCAGAGGAGGUGCUUGGAAAGAUGAGUGCACCACCAAAGAGUGAUGUGCCAAUCAUUACACCCAAUGAACUUGCUGAUGCUGAUGGCUUUAUUUUUGGCUUCCCAACAAGAUUUGGAAUGAUGGCUGCCCAAUUUAAAGCAUUUUUGGAUGCAACUGGUGGCUUAUGGAGAACACAGCAGCUUGCAGGUAAACCUGCUGGAAUCUUCUAUAGCACUGGUUCUCAAGGUGGUGGACAAGAGACUACAGCGUUGACUGCUAUCACUCAGCUUGUUCACCACGGCAUGAUAUUUGUUCCCAUUGGUUACACAUUCGGUGCUGGCAUGUUUGAAAUGGAAAAAUUGAAAGGUGGAAGUCCUUAUGGAGCAGGAACUUAUGCUGGGGAUGGGUCAAGACAGCCAUCUGAUCUGGAGUUGGAGCAGGCCUUUCACCAGGGCAAGUACAUCGCUACCAUCACAAAGAGGCUCAAGGGAGCUGCCUGAUUUCAUUUUAUACGCAAGUACAGUUCAGUCUUAUAUUUUUCAACCCAAUAGAUUGUGUUUGUGAACAAUAAUUAUUGCUUUCUUGGUUAUAGGUUUUAUAUGUGUGUUGUAUAACAGUGGUUUCUCUCAAAUGAAAAAAAAAGGCUGUUCAAUUCAAUUCUGUACCAUGUUUUCCGCUUUGUCGGAUCACAUGAUAUUUCUUAUCAUUUUCCCUAUUUUGUGGGUCUGUACCAAUAGUUUAAGCGCUGCAAUGAACAAGAAUUAUAUAAAAUAUGAUGUGAUUGAAUUAAA